AUGGCCCGCCCCAAUGGACCCCGCGAUCCAAUUGCCGGCCCUGAUACCCCGCAAUCACCGUUUCCGCUUAAGUUACGAGGGCCAGUCAUUAAAGGUUUUGGAAGAGGAAGCAAAGAGCUCGGCAUUCCAACUGCCAACAUACCCAUCACGGGUCUUAACAUAGGUGGCCAUGAAAACCUCUCCUCUGGGAUCUACUACGGCUUCGCCUCGCUUGACAAAUCCACUAUUACGCAGAACACGUCCGCUUCAACCGACACUUCACUUCCCACACGCUCCUCCAACCAUGCAGUCGCAGACCUCGAACCCCCUUCCUCUACCCCCUCCAGUGCCGCUCCAUCCCGGCCUCUAACCCCCUCCCAGGACGCGGUCCAAAAGCCCCCGAGAGUCUACCCAACCGUGUUAAGCAUAGGCUACAAUCCCUACUACAAAAACACGCACAGAUCCAUAGAAAUACACCUCUUGCAUACCUUCAGCGCCGACUUCUACGGCGCCACACUCUCGCUGGUAAUCCUCGGCUUCAUUAGACCGGAAUACGACUAUGUGAGUAAAGACGCAUUAGUCGAGGACAUUCGACAGGACAUCCGGGUUGCUCGGCGAAGUUUAGAAAGGCCUGCGUAUGAAACAUGGAGGGAGGAUACGUGGUUAUUAGGCGGUGAAGCCGGGGGGGCUGUUGGCGCGAAGGAAGCUGAAGGUUGAGGCGGAGGGCGGCACAAUCCGACGGUCGGGAGAAUUCGGAAGGAGCUGAACGACGAGGCUGAGGCACACCCCCCAAUAGCCAUGAUCACAAACACAAUGUUGGAACGCACAUACGAUCUCCCUUGAGUGUCACCUUCCACGUGAAACGCAAGAUGGGUAGACUUAACAU